UUUACGUGUAGGUUGUGAAUUUAUCUACUAUUUAUUUGAAGUCGUUUAUUAAUAAGCACUAUUUCAGUUAUUACAUACAGGCAGUUGAUAUUAAGUACUAUUUCAGUUAUUACAUACAGGCAGUUGAUAAGCAUUGUCUUCGUUCAUGGAAAGAACCAGUUAUAGACUCACAUAAGUCAAAAUAAUUCGACGUUUUGUUUGUUUUAUAUUUGUGACGGUCACUCUAAAUGGACCAAACUAAUCGAGGAUAAAUAACAGUACACCGUCAUUUAAAGUCAUUGGUUUUAUUGCUUACACAUAAUCAUUAUGUGUAACGUUAAUCGUGUUAAGGGGAAUUAUGAUAACUUUUACAUAAAUUAAUGAGGAAUUUAAUCCCCCUUUUGAUUAGUCUAAAUAAUGAGACCUCGGGUAGACCGAUUUUACAUUUUGAAAUUUUACGUUGUCUACCUAAAGGGGAUAUCGACCAGUCAAAAAAUAUAACUUGAGUACAAUUAUUUGGACUACCUUUUGAUACAUUUAAGUUUUAUUUGAAUUUAUCUCAUAUUCGCAACAAAUCAGCAUUUAAACCCAAAUCUAGUGAUGACAAUUUCUUUCGAGUUGAGAAAAUAACUCGUAACUGUUUCCUAGGAUCGCGUCAAAUUAGUUAGACUAAUAUUCCGUAAGAAAUUGCCGACUUUUUUCAACUGAAGAGGCAUGGUCGGUUCCGGGAAUCGAACUUAUACCCUUCGAUCAAUGAUGAGCGAAUCCAACAACUCGAGUCAGUCACGUUUUAUAAUUAUUGUGAAAAAUAAACACGAGAUACGUUAUUUAAAAGAAAAGUCUGCAGCAAAAGGUACUGAAAUUUAGGCAGAAAAAAGGCCUGUAAUGUAUAAGAUGGUGUCUUUUUUCACAUCCACGCUACCUAAAUGUAGUGUGCAGUGUGGCAAGAUUUUAAAUGAAGAUUAGAUCUAGUACAUAUGUUACAAUCCGUUUAAACACCCAUUCGAACAGUAUUUAAAUCAUCAUUUCCCGGUCAUGCAGCCAAUGUAAACAAGUUCAUUCAGUAUUUUUUUACUCGUAUCGGAAAGGCGGAGUUACCUGUAUAGACGAGUUCCAAAAAUAGCUUCAGCAUCGUAAAGGUACAAGUCUAUCGAUUUGAGAUAAGGCGAAAGGGCAAUUUGAUCUGCAAACAGUAGUAAGAAUGAUAAAAAUGUGCCAAAGUCUCAUACGCAUGCACACUCAAACAAAUCAGCACAGGUAUAAAAAUGGCGUCUUUAAGUGUGAAAAUAUGUUAAAAUGGAAAAAAAAAUACAUUUUUUUUUCAAUUUGCAUUAUGUUAAAAAAUAGGUUAGAAGUACUAAAAUAAUAAAAUACAUAUUUUGAGACAAAUCAAAUACAAAUAACUCUAUGCCAACUAGGACGAACAGCCUCAUUUUCAAAUUUUAAGAAUUUCACGGUUGACAAAAAGUGUGUAUACAAAGAAAAAUGAUAAAAUUAUGCCUAAACAGCCAUUCAUAUCGCUGUGUAUCUGUUUAGGUCAAAGCUUCCACAAUGGCCGCAAUGACGUUUAAUAAUGUACAGUACCAGACAACAAAUAAUUUAUCUAUAUACCUGUAUGACAAGAGUUAAAGGGAACAAUGAAUUAAGUGUAUAGUUAGAAACUAAAUGUAAGUCAAAUUUUCAUGGUAAUGUCCUAUUUUCAUGGUAAAUACUGAAGAGUUUUUUCUUGUUUAUUUUUUAUACUAGCAUUAUGUGUGAUAUGGUACAAACAACAUUAUAUCUAAAUUUCAGCUUAAAUAGUGGAUCUGAAAUUAUUUUAUUUGCCUUAAAACAUUUUUUGAUGUCAUACAAUAUGCCUGUAUGUAUUGAGAUAAGUUCUUCGCGCCAUAAUCUAUUGGAUUUAAUACUUACCUAUGACAUGAUUGGUAGGUCUACUGUAACAAUGUAUUAGCAGGAGCGGAUACAUAGAAAUUGGAUAUCAAGACAUUUUAGACAAUCUUAAAAAACAUGCCUCAAAAUGAUCAAAUCAAAGCUUAAUUAUUACACUCGGUCUUAAAUGUACAUGAGCAACCAACGUUAUGCUUUUUAAAUUCUUUUUAACAACUACAAUUUUAGGUAGGUUACUAUCUAUAAAUGAAGAUCUACCAUACAUUGCAUGUUCCCCAUGUUAAAGUAUGUAAUUUGAAUCUGUAAGGGCACACCUACGAUACGGUUUUGUCAUUGAGAAGGAAUGUGAAGUAGCACCCCCGCCCGAAAGAUAGUGAUACUUCGUUCACUUCUCAAGAUCGAUAACUGGGAUCAUGAUUGGAGUUUAUUACUUCAGGUAUCGUUAAAAAUGAAACUAGUCCCUGUUAAAGACAAAAACAAAAAAUAUUAUAAGCAAUUUGGAGAACACAUGGAGUCCCUAUAAUAAUAUCAGACACUUAUAAAUUAGUGUAGAUAAUACAUUCAUGUGUUUUGUUUCCUUUUCAAUUUCAGUGCGAAAGAGUGUUAGUUUUGAACAAAUAAGAUAAUCUUAUCUACAGAAUAAAUAUUUCGUAUUCAAAAAUAAUCUUUCGUUUUUAUGUAAUAGGAAAAAAACUAUAAAAAUCUUGAAAUUGCAAUAAGGAAUGAAAAAAUGGGUGACAUCACGGCCACAUAAGAUAUUUAUUUAGUUUUGUAUUAGUCCGUACCCGAUAUGUACAGGAUGGUGAAAGAUAAUCAUUUAUCACUUAAUGAGGGCGUAAAGAUAUUCUUUUACUUGACGAAACCUGUUGUAUACAUUCAUUUGAUUAAUUCAGAUAUGAUUAUAAAUACGAUUGGUGAUGAUUAUUUCAGUCAGUCAGUUUAGGUCAAAUAAAACACAACACGUUCAAUGAAUUAACUAAUUAAUACAUCUAUUAUGUUUAAUAUCAAUACUUGUGACUCUAAUAGUUUCCAGUGCAUGAUAUUAUUGUUAUGUGCAACAGCAGUAUCAAAUACGCCGUUAGAUGGUUAUUCUUCAAAAGCACCUACAUUCGGAGACAGUUGCGUGGAUGGGCAGUACCGAUGCGGAUCCUCUCAGUGUAUACCUGAAUCUUCGCUAUGUGACGGUGUGUCCGAUUGUGAAAAUGGAACAGAUGAAAUAAUCUGCGAAUCGGCAUCCUGUGGUUUCGAUAACGGACAGAUGUGCGGAUGGUCAACGCUUUCUUCCACACCGGUACCCAAUGAGUCCUUUAUAUGGCAAUUAGUGCAUGGUGAGAACUUUACAAGCGCAAAAUACAGCCAAAGGACUGAUGCAUCACAGAUGUCUCCGAGAGGGUGGUAUGCACGUGUUGCAACGGCCCUAGGAUCUUUCCAUGCUACAACAAGUUUAUACACCGGAAUAAUCGGGCGCACGGGUCCACAGUGUAAACUUAAACUAUCAUAUUACAUGGCUGGACCCUCCGUUGGUUCUCUUAUUGUUUACAUUUCUGUUCAGGGCUUAGAAAUACAGCUUUGGGAGACAACAGGGGGGAAGGAACAAUCUUGGCUGCCAGCAGUAGUCUUCAUCGGAGCUAAGCAGAAUGUUGCUGUAGUCAUUCAGGCUAGGCGUGGUCAACAGUUUCUCGGUGUUAUCGCUGUUGACCAAUUGCAGUUUUUAGACUGCAAGCCACCGGUAGCGCAUCAGACAUGCCUAUCAAGUCAAUUUGUCUGCAGGAAUAGAAACUGUAUAGACCCUAAGCUUCAAUGUAACUAUGCAGACGAAUGCGGCGAUGGAUCAGAUGAAAAUGUGGAAAUUUGUGACAAGAUAUCCAAUGGCAGAUGUUCCUUCACAAACGAAAUUUGCAGCUUCUGGACAAAUGCUGUUGACGAUCAGUUUGACUGGACAUUGGCCAAGGAUUCCACACCUACUCUCGGAACAGGUCCAAGCUUUGACCACACAACCAGAACAAAAUCAGGGGGUUACGUUUACAUAGAUGGAUCACCACCAAGGAAACUCGGUGAUAUCGCAAUGCUAACAUCGCCUACAAUUAGAGGUACAUCAAAGAUGUGCGUUAUACGGCUGUGGUACCAUAUGUGGGGAAGUGAAGUUGGGGUCUUAACUCUGCUGAAACGGGUGGACUACUCACGCCAGGGAUUAAUUCCUAUGUCUAGUAUACAGGGUAACCACGGGGAUGAUUGGAUGUUUGCACAAUUUGAAAUGGACUCGUAUGUUGAUACCAGAGAUUAUAAGAUUGUUAUACAAGGAGAUGUGGGUAGAGGUGUACACGAUAACAUCGCUGUAGAUGACAUCUCACUAUCACCUGAAUGCCAACUUGGAGGCUCAAUUCCUGGUCAGCCAACUCCACCGAGUACAACCCCCGGACCCUGUGAAUUUCGGAUGUCAAAAUGCCAUACCGGAAGUAAAUGUUACUCGGACCAGGAACAUUGUGACUUUAUUGACGCUUGUGGGGACAAUUCCGACGAAGUAACGUGUGGAACAUCGUGUCAGUUUGAGUCCAGUUCUAUGUGCGGAUGGGAGAAUUCUGCUAUCGACAAUUGCAACUUCGCGCUAGUCACAGCUGAAAAAUCGCCGGGACCAAAGACUGAUCAUACUUAUGGCAGUGCGAAUGGUCACUACAUUUACGCACAGAAUGACAACUCGGCGGGAAGUAGAGCAAUACUCGAGUCCAACCUUUAUUAUACUUCAAACCUCUUAUGUCAGUUGACAGUUUGGUAUAACGCAUUUGGAUUUCAGGGUUCAGUCGUCACGGUUGAUUUAAAAAGUUCUCAACAAAGAAAAAGUUUGUUAAAUAUCACCACCAGCACGUCCAAAUAUUGGCAGAAGGCAGACGUUAAUGUCGGACAGUUCCAUGAGUUCAUAUUUAUUAUCGAAGUUGCCUUCCCAAAGAAUGCCUGGGGUCACAUGAUUGCGAUCGAUGACAUCAGAUUCACAAAUUGUGCUCCGAAUGCAACUACAACAUGUUCCUGGAACGAGCUUCUCUGCGCCAGUCGUAACCAGUGUAUACCAAGGAGCCGAUUCUGCGACAGAACAGUUGACUGUACCGAUGGAUCGGACGAGAAAGGAUGCCAUGCACAUGCUGGGGACUGUAACUUUGACAGUGCUUAUGGGUUGGACAGUUGUGUGUGGAAGCAGAGAACAGACGACGAUGCUGAUUGGAUACAGCUUACAAACAGACUAAAUCCUUACACAGGGGCAGACGCAGAUAAAUCUGGCAGUCAGCGGGGGCGUUUUCUCACAAUAAACAGUGCUACCAUGCGCCCAGGAGAUGUUGCUGCCGUACAGACGGAUAUUUUCUACUACUCUACAAAGUUUUGCUACGUUCGUUUCUACUACUACAUGUAUGGAUCCGAAAAUAUUGGUCCUCUAAAGGUGUACGUAUACAACAUUGUUGACAAUGUGAGGACACUGAUGUGGUCAGUCAGAGGUAGCAAAGGGCAGAAAUGGCAGUAUGCCAACGUUUUAGUCUAUGACAAAAGCGCUUUCAGAGUUAUUUUUGAAGCUACAGCAGCUGACACGGCUACGUCAGAUAUUGCCAUAGAUGACGUAACUUUUACAGAUGGAUGUUCUGGAAAGUCAUCAACUAGACUAGCAUGUAGUCAUACAGAGUUUUACUGUUACCCUCGCAAGAAAUGUUUCCCCCUGUCUUUCCGCUGUGACGGAAGACGGGAUUGUUUCGAUGGUACCGAUGAGCCUUCAUGGUGUCCAACAACUACUGUAAACCAUGAAACAACGUUUCGGACACAUGUACCACAGACAAUAUUCGCAACAUCUCGGACACUUGUAUCACAGACAUCAUACGCAUCAUCUCGGACACUUGUACCACAGACAUCAUUCGCGACAUGCCCAUACGGAUCAUUUCAAUGUGUAUACUCUAAAUGGUGUUUUCCUGGUGUUUAUUACUGUGACGGUGCAACAGACUGUACAGAUCUAAGUGAUGAAACAAAUGACUGUCGACAAUGUCGUGCUGGCUUCUUCUUCUGCCGAAGGCGAAAACAGUGUCUUUCAGACGUAACGCUUUGUGAUGGCAUCGACGAUUGCGGAGACGGAAGUGACGAAAGUUUGUGUUCCCACGCAUGCGAACAUCCUUAUCUCUGUCGGAACGGAGGCACGUGCAUUUCCGGAAGUUCUCCACCUUUUUGCCAGUGUUCAUACGGUUUCCAUGGGACUAGAUGCCAAUAUAGAUUCCAAAGUGUUUCAAAUCCUACGCCGCGAUUUAUCUCAGGUUCUCCAACAGAAGAAUGCCUUAGAGUCCAGUUUUAUUGUAGACCUCUCAACGAAUGUCUACCAUUAUCUUGGCGAUGUGACGGAGUGAUCGAUUGUCCAGAUGGCUCUGACGAAGACGUAACUGCGUCAUGUACGACGAAUAGAUAUGAAACAACAUCUCGGACACUUGUACCACAGGCAUCAUACAUAACAUCUCGGACAUAUCUACCACAGACAUCAUCCGCGACAUGCCCAUACGGAGCAUUUCAAUGUGUAUACUCUAAAUGGUGUAUACCUGGUGUUUAUUACUGUGACGGUGUACCAGACUGUAUUCUAGAUCAAAGUGAUGAAAGAAAUGACUGUCGACAAUGUCAUGUUGGCUUCUUCUUCUGCCGAAGGCGAAAACAGUGUCUUUCAGACGUAACGCGUUGUGAUGGCAUCGACGAUUGCGGAGACGGAAGUGACGAAAGUUUGUGUUCUCACGCAUGCGACCAUCCUUAUUUCUGUCAGCACGGAGGCACGUGCAUUUCCGGAAGUUCUCCACCUUUUUGCGAGUGUUCAUACGGUUUCCAUGGGACCAGAUGCCAAUAUACAUUCCAAAGUGGUUCAAAUCCUACGCCGCGAUUUAUCUCAGAUUGGACAUCAUUUGUAACAAGAUCGAAAACAGCGGAAAUAUCUCGAAUAAUACCCACUAAACAUUCAACAUUUGGCACAACCUUGCCCGCAGAAUUUUCCACAAAACCUAAAACAUCACCAACGGUACUUUCUACAAAACCUAAAACAUCGUCAACGGUACUUUCUACAAAACCUAAAACAUCGCCAACGGUACCUUCUGCAAAAUCGAGCACAUCACCGACGGCAAAUAUUACAAAAUCUGGCACAUCACCAACGGCACUUUCUGCAUCUCUUAAAACAGUAGCUUCUAAUAAUUCAACGAUGGUACCUGUUGUAUCUUGCGCACACGGGCAGUUUUGGUGUGGACCGUCUCAGUGUAUACCUGCUAUAUUACAAUGUGACGGAGUGCCGGAUUGUGCAGAUAAAAGAGAUGAAGGAAGUAACUGCACACAUUGUCCUGUUGGCUUCUACUUCUGCAUGCAGCAGAGAAAGUGUCUUUCAAAUACAACACGUUGUGAUGGAAAGGAAGACUGUGGGGACGGUACUGACGAGAGUUUAUGUACUCCAUCAUGCGGCAAUCCUUAUUUCAGCUGUCAGAAUGGCGGCACAUGUAUUACCGGAAGUAGUCCACCUAUGUGCUCAUGUACAACCGGAAAUCAGGGAAAUAGAUGUCAGCUUAGCUUAGGAAAGAUUCAACGACCGGCAGAUACAAAGAAUUCAGGUAAUUGGAAGAUUGGUGUAGGUGUUGUAUUAGGUAUUGUUGCUCUCGCUGUUGUUGCUGUUGGUGCCUUUUUAAUCGGGAAAUACAAGUCACAUUUCUUCUCGUUUCGGGCUAAACGGGAACACAAGGAGGGAUUCAGUAACAAAGCGUUUGAAGGAUACGGAGCAGGUGACAAAGAGGGGCCAUGAAGGUACAAAAAGUAUGAAACUGGACACGGCUUUAGAAGAACUGAAACUCAAGACUGCCGAAAGACAAUCAAGCACAAAAACACUUUCUUGUGCUUAGACCAAUAUUAAGAACGAUUGAAAAUAAUACUCUGGGACAUUAUUUAGAAAUAUUUUACAUGUCUGUUCUUUUAAAUAUCACAUUUUAUCAUUGGAAAGAUAGUUUAGUUGUCAUUUAAAUAAUUUUACUUGCAUGUUACCAUGAAUUUAAAAAAAAAAGAUUUUCGUUUCUUUAUGCCGAGUCAUCAAAAAGUGAUUGCUUUGAUUUUGUUAUAUACACUUCAAAUAUGUUGAUGUGCUUUGUCUUGUUUUUGUCAUGUUUUCAUUGUAAUAAUCAUACUGUUAUCAUAAGACUGUUGAUUUACACAUAGCUUCUUACUCAGGAAUUGUAUGGUAUUCAUGAAGAUGCUCCACACCAGUGCAGUUUUUAGUUAUUUUGUAAUUGUUGUUCAUGUGGUGUGUUUACAAUAAAUUGUGUAUUACAUACAUAUUAUUAGAAUACAUAUUCAAUGAAAUUCUGAUAGAACUUGAUUGAUUUUUCUUUUGAACAAAGAAGACUGAAACUUUGUUAUUAUCCAACAAUAUUUCUUAAAUACGUCACAAUUAUUACGUUAUAGCUGUAAAAGAAGACCGUAGAAAUUAGGC